AUGGAAGAUGAGGAGGUCGCUGAGAGCUGGGAGGAGGCGGCAGACAGCGGGGAAAUAGACAGACGGUUGGAAAAAAAACUGAAGAUCACACAAAAGGAGAGCAGGAAGUCCAAGUCUCCUCCCAAAGUGCCCAUCGUGAUUCAGGACGAUAGCCUCCCUUCGGGCCCUCCCCCCCAGAUCCGCAUUCUCAAGAGGCCCACCAGCAACGGCGUCGUCAACAGCCCCAACUCCGCCAACAGGCCAGCGCUGCCCGUCAAGUCCCUGGCCCAGCGGGAGGCAGAGUACGCCGAGGCCCGCAAGCGGAUCCUGGGCAGCGCCAGCCCCGAGGAGGAGCAGGAGAAACCCAUCCUAGACAGGCCGACAAGGAUCUCGCAGCCAGAAGACGUCAGGCAGCCCAAUAAUGUGAUCAGGCAGCCCCUGGGUCCUGAUGGUUCACAAGGCUUCAAGCAGCGCAGAUAAAUGUGGGCCCGGGAAGAUGCUGCCGCCGCCGCCACCGCCGCCGCCGCCGCCGCCGGGGUGGUCCGCCACGGGUCGCACUGCCGUGGCGGACAGCUGGACUUGAGCAGAGGGAACGACCUGAUUUACUUGCACUGUGAUCCCCUUUGCUCCGCCCACUGUGACCUUGAAUCCCACGCACUGUGACACCCCCCCCAACCCCUCCCACUGUGAUCGGCGCGUCGGCAAGGGCUGUCCCAAGUCACUGUAAAAGGAAAGGGUGGGGACGGGGGCCGGGGUCGGGGGGCACCCACCGAAGACUCGGAACGACCAGAGCGAAGAGUCGGCUGGUGCUACUCGGGGCGAAAGCCAGUGCCAGCAAUAAUGCUCAUCAUGCUCAUCAGCCGGGGAUUUCAAAGCCCUAAUGGGGGGGAUGCUUCCCCAACGUGCAUGUCUUCAUCACUUAAAGAGCAAGUUCCAUUGGAGAGGAUUGUUUGUUUUCAUCUUUCCCUAUUAUUUUGUUUGUUUCAAAAGCCUGAUUUGCAAGAAGAAAAAGUGCAUGGGAGGGGUUUUAGCUGUUUAAUGAAUUUUUGUUUUAAUUGAGGAACGGUAGUUGGUAGUCUUCUAAAAACGUUUCGAUGAAUUAACUGAAACCAAUAGGACUUUGGCAAGCUUAGCUUCUCAUUCUGUAUUCCCACUGCCAUGCUGGGGGGA